AUGACAGAAGGUGCCGUCGACUCCUCUCAGCCGGUUCCUCCUGGACAGCGUGGCCCGAUGAGCCGGCCUCUCUUUGGCUCAGUGUGCCGAGCUCUGCUGGACGGAGACCAGGGAGAGAAGCAGCUCCGACAGACGCCUCCACUGCAGGAGAGCGUCCACGCAGCCGAGGACGGGAGACAUCACCGAGGAAUGGAGGAGAUGCUGACUCAGCUGGUUCUGGGAUGGACCGCCUUGCUCAGUGGCCUCCAGCCGGCGGCUUCCCUCGUCACAACCAAGUUUCCACCCGGCAGGUGGUCGGCUUUGAAAUGUGACGUCUUCAUCCCUCCUCCUCCGCCCAUGUUUCCUCCGAUCGAAUGGAAAGCAGAGAUCAUGGUUGAUAUAACCGAACAUAUCACAGGACCUAAAGGUGAAAAGGGCUGCAGAGGAACCAGAGGACCAAAGGGUGAACCUGGUGUGACGGGUCCAGAGGGAGAAGCAGGAACACAAGGAAUCAUGGGACAACCAGGACAAAAGGGGGAGAAGGGACUGAGAGGCUGGAGAGGUCUGUAUGGAGACAUAGGAACUCCUGGGAUGAUCAAGGGCAGUAAAGGCUAUAAAGGAUUCAGGGGUGAUAAAGGUAGGAAAGGAACCCGAGGACCCAGGGGAGAGACGAGCCAGAGCGGCGUCGCUGGACGUCCAGGAGAGAAGGGUAACGUGGGCGUGUGGGGCGACCCGGGUCAGAGGGGGGAGCAGGGACCCAGAGGAGGAGCUGGAGGCAGAGGAACAGUGGGGCUGAAAGGUUCUCGUGGUCCUCCGGGAAAACUGGGUCAUCCUGGUGCUGCAGGACGUCCCGGUCUGAGUGGACGACCCGGACGACCCGGACAAGUGUACGUUCUGCCAGGGAGGGAGGGAGACACAGGAGACAGAGGUCCGUCAGACAAAUGUGACUGUUCACAGGUUCAAACCCCAGAGAGACCGUUGGACCGAGUGCAGACGAUUUUUCUUGCAGACGGAGAGAAACAGAUGCGGAGGCUGCGAGGCGAGAACGUGAUGGUGCUGAGGACCGACCGACGAGCUCUGUACAUCUACUCUGAGUCCCAGUGGAUCAACAUACUGGUAACUAACGGAAACAUCAAAUGUAUAUCUUCGUUUAACACAACACUCCUGUUGUGUUAAAAUAAAGCCUUCGAGAAGGUCGUCUUGUGAGUUUCUCCUUUCAGGAAGUAAAAAAAUGCAGGAAACAUGAAUAAAAAUGACAUGAUUGAAAAUGCAAAGUCGUGUUUUAUUGUCACACAUAAUAAAAAUGACAUCUGGGGCCUGAAAGCAGAAUCUGUGAUUUUAGCAAAAAGCAGACGGGUUGUCAGAC